GUCACCUCAGACUGAAAAUUCUGCCAUUAUCAGGGAGAAGAUGGAAAAUCAUAAGAAAAUUAAGGAUCACGUUUCAGAAUUGAACGCGGACCGAUUGAGCAUCCUGAAAUAAGCCAUGCAUUAAGCAAAACAUUUUUUUUUUAAGACUCACACUCUGAUCUUUCCAUCUGGCUGGAUAAGAGAGAGGAAGCGUUGGCAAAUGCGGAUGAUCCAGCCAUUCACCUCAAACCGAUCGAUCGUCAACAGGAAGUCAACAAACUUGUCAUGUCAGAAGCUGCCGAGUACAAAAAAAACUUUUGAAAAAAACUGAACAAGACAGGCAGCACUCUAGCCAAGCUACGUCUUGAGGAAGAAGGCGCUAAGUCCACAAUAUCAUCGAAUUGCACAACGCCCGGUAUGCUGCUUUGCGAUCAGGUGUUUGCAGAGACGAGUCAAUUCUCUGACAAACUGAACGGCAUGCUCACCACUUUGACUAAUGCUUUCGAACAAGUGCAAUCGGCUGAGCCCAUCUCUGCCCACUCUGAUAAGAUCCAGGAAGAGAUGCAAGAAAAGGAAUCUAUUGUUGAAGACUUUAACAAGAGCCGAACCGACGAAACAAAUUCAAGAGAUGGAUUCCGCCUGGGAUUACGUCACGACAUUGUGUAUUCAACGAGAGGAUAACCGCAGCAAUGUCAUGGAAAGGUCCAUGGAAUACCCUGAUAUCCUUACGUGUGUUCAUCAAGUGGCUGACCAAUGCCGAAAAAACUUAAAGCGGUUUCAAACCCGUCUCCCGCGCCAUGGAGACUUUUGUCUCUCUGAUCAUCACAAUUGCCUCCAAUGGGAUUUUCGCUUCAGAAGAUGGUGAUCGUCAGCCUCAAUAAGAAUGGGACCCACUCAAAGUACUUCAUCCAGAAGGAUGUGAUCCUUAUCAAGAACAUCCUCAUAAGUGUUCAAUGUCGCUUGGAGCGUGUCCUAUCAAGAUCUACCGAACGAACAAGGAGACUGACCACGCCUACAAAGGGACGAAAGAGUAUCACGACUCGUGGCACGAACUGUAUUCUUGGUUAGAGGAAGCUGAAAAAGGCACCUCUCAAGGAAUGACGAGCCCCAACAGCUCCUUAUCUGGUCAGCUUGGAAGCCGCCAAACAAUCUUCUCGCCCCUUCAUAUAUCUUUAACACCAUUUCUUACAACUGGAAGGCAGUCUCAUCAAUUCUUUGAUCAAGGAUCCACCAUUUCACCAGACAGCGAACGUCAGACCUCGGAGAAUUGGUGGAAUGUCAUCAACGAACAGCUAGAGGAAAAUGGGAAACGUUUCCAUUUGAUAUCCUUAAUUAAGAGAAUUUUUAUAGCGCUGGAAUCUUCUUCAUUCCCCACCGCUGUUGCCAAAAACAUCAAUCAAAAGUGCAAAGAAGAUAGCCAGCUGUACGUGCGCAGCCUUUACAGCAACAGGACUCUGUGGGCUUUGCAAAUGCAAGAGUCAACGGCAAAACUACCCCCGGGAAUAUUUGUGGAUGGCACGCCAAAUAUUCAAGCAGAUGGGCUGUUCGAUGAAUGUCUAGCCGUUCGGGCUCCUGAAUUCGACGGGCAGUACUGUACCGUCUUCUUUAGGUCAGCAGUCGUCAAUCAAUCGGAAAUUCUUCCUCCAGAUGAAUCCUUACUCCAUCUCCAAUCCCACGGAGAACGGGCUCUGAUCGACAACUUUGUCACCGUUUUUCAGCUCUUGGGAUUAUUGGUGUCGGAUCGAAUCGAACCUAAAGUGGCCGAGGCAGAUGCCAAAAUUGCCAGUUACCCACACCUCAACCCCAGCACCGCAUUCUGUCUGCCAUCGUCUUGCAGUGCCGCCGACCUCGGCCAAGCGGUUGCUGAACUCGCUGGAAGUUACGUGAUAGCCAAUCAUUCUAUCGUGACGAUUACCGACGAGCGAUAUUGCUUCAAAGCCAAUAAUGUUCCACCUUCUUUCGAUAGUGUCACCAUUAUCGUCAUCGAGGCGUUCAGUCUUGUUGGUCUUUUAGUUGUAAUGGCGACUGUUCACGAAGCCUGGCGAAUGUACCGCGGGACCGAUUUCGAUGCCAAACAGGAUGGCAAACUCUUGAGAGCGUUGCACUGCUUUUCCGUCUUACACAACGGCCGUAAAAUCCUGUCGAUGAAGAGGACAGCUUCGUCUUCUGACGAUCAUUUUGGUUGCAUUCCAGGCAUCCGCUUCUUCUCAACUUGCUGGGUCGUCUUGGGAAACACUGCUUAUAUUGUUUCCGAUAGGGUUAUGAACAGAACUGCUAUGGUUUAUACAGCCUUACAAAUUGGUAUUCCAACCGCCGCCAAUUUGUCAAUUUUUAUCGACCAUUUCUUCUUGAUUGGCGGUUUGCUCACAUCGUCCCAAUUGCUCCGGGAGCUGGACCGUCACAAGGGCAGAUUCAACGUCGGCCUUUAUUAUUUGCAUCGAUAUCUUAGACUGACGAUUGUUUACGCUUUCGUUCUUGGAUUUAUUGCAACUUUAAUUGUCUAUGUCGCCACCGGACCCAAUUGGUACACCGUGGAUUUUUAUUCAAACGCUUGUCGCCUCGCCUGGUGGAGACAGUUUCUCUACAUUAACAAUUUAUUUCCUGUGGAUCCCAAUUAUGUGUGCAUGCGACAAACUUGGUUCCUGGCGGUCUUCAUGCAACUCCUAAUCGUAUCUCCACUUCUCAUUUAUCCGCUUUGGCGAUGGAGGAAAUUGGGACUUGCGUGGUUGAGCUCCGUUGCAAUUGGCUGUUACACCACGAUCUUUUGGGUUUACGCAGAGAAAAAUACAGAAACCCAGCUUAAUGACUAUCGUCACAAACCGUGGAUUAGAGCACCUACUUACCUGGUUGGAAUACUGUCAGGUUGGAUCUUGCACAUCACAAAAUGUUCUCCCAUUCGACCAUCGAAGCUUUUUGUGGCUAUGGGAUGGGUAGUGUCCAUAGCCGUUGGUGCUGCCGUUAUUCACGGUAUGAAGCCCAAUGUUGUCGUUCCAUCGGGAAUCAACGAGAUUAGUUCUGAUCUUUUGAUGGUGUUCGGUCCUCUGCAUCGGACCGCUUGGGCUUGUGUCAUGGCUUGGAUCAUCAUCGCUUGUUCCCGGGGCUUUGGCGGUUUCCUUAACCGGCUCUUAUCAUGGAAAGGUUUCUUACCACUUAGCCGGUUGACUUAUUGCGUGUACCUGAUCCAUUGGGACUUUCUCAACGUGUAUUACUCCGCUGUGCGGAAACGUUAUUAUUUUAGGUUGUACGAACAGUUCAUCAUUCUAUUCGGUAUCUUCUUCGUCAUUUAUGCACUUGCGUUUGCGAUAUCCGCUUCAAUUGAAGUAUCUUUCCUACGUUUGGAGAAACUCAUUUUCUCUUCCAAACCCAAAAGGAAUUCACUGCCGAUAACAAACGAUUGACACGCGCGUCACAGCCUAAGGAUAUGCAAAACUUAAGUCUUAGCUAUAGUCUUAGAGUAAUAAAACAAGGUUCAUUUUUCCUACUUUAUAGCGGUACACAGACAUUUAUUGGUAAUCGAUGGGAAAUGGUUGUUUAUGGUGAUCGAAUCGAUGGUGAUUGUGGAGUUUAUGCGUCAAUAUUGGAAUCUAAGCACAUCCUCGACAUCAAACGUACUACUUGAAUAAAUAAUGUUUACACACAA